CGUCAUGCUAAAUGCGUCAGAACGCGGAAGUGUUGUUUGUUUUGAUCAUUUUGCGACGGAUGGAGUUCAAAAUACGCUGUUUCCAAGCAACAUACACCAAAACAAUCACGCACCGAGGCUGAUUUAAUGUAAGAGCAUAAAAAUGUUCGGCAAAUCUACAGAUUAUGAGUAUCGAUCACUUGCACAGAGAGAUGAGUGCAGUAAUGCACCGGGUUUGUUUUCACAUGCUGCCUUCACUUACAGUCAGAGUGAUCAGAGAGGACAUUCAUUCGAUUAUGUGCCUAAAAUCAAUCAAAAUGACUUCACAGAUAAAUCUCAAGGAUUUCUGUCCUGGAUUUGCAACUUGAUCGUUACGUUCCUGCUUUUCCUGGUCACCUUUAUAACCUUUCCCAUAUCUGGAUGGUUUGUUUUAAAGGUCGUACCAAACUACGAGAGGAUAGUUGUUUUUCGUCUGGGUCGGAUCCGUCCACCUAAAGGUCCAGGCGUGGUUCUGGUUCUGCCCUUGAUUGAUCAGUGGCAGAGGGUUGACCUGCGAACCAGAGCCUUUAACAUUCCACCCUGCAAGGUGAGCACUAAAGAUGGCGGUCUGGUGUCGGUAGGAGCAGAUAUUCAGUUUCGGAUAUGGAGUCCAGUGAUGUCAGUGGUGGCAGUGCAGGAUCUGAACGCCUCCACUCGACUCACGGCACAGAACGCAAUGAUGCAGAGCCUCAACAAAAAAACCCUGAGGGAAAUACAGAGAGAGAGAAUCAAACUUGGAGAGCAUCUCGGGAUGGACAUGAAUGAGAUGACAAAGCCGUGGGGUCUGGAAGUGGACCGUGUUGAGCUCCUUCUGGAGGGUGUCCUUCGGGAACCAGAAGGGUCUCAGUCAGGAGGACCUUUUAUUAUGCCCCCAUCUGUCCCGGGGUUAGAAGGUCUUACUGGGCCUAUACAGCAACUAGCCAUGCAUUUUCUGAGCCAGACGUCUGAAUCUCACACCAGUAAAGAUACAGUGAGUUUCGCAGAUGAGCUGAGUUCAGCGCCUGCAGCAGAUGUUAAAUACAGCAGUGUGGAGGGACUGUUGGAUCGAGUCAGAUCGGUACUGAAUGAAGAACUGGUCCAUCAGAUCAAAGCCUGUUAUCGCUUUCAGAUCUCCACUGACUCUGGACAAACCAACAACUACUAUGUUGAUCUGACAGAAGGUCGUGGAGCGUGUGGUGUGGGUGUCUUGCCGAGAGAUCCAGAUGUUUCUCUGAGCGCGAGCGAGCAGGAUCUGCUAGCCAUGUUUCAGGGUGACCUGACGCCGUUUGCCGCUUAUAGCAGCCGUCGACUGAGAGUAGAUGGAGAUCUGAACACCGCCAUGAAGCUCGAAACUCUUAUUAGAGUUCUCAAGAGCACAUGAGAGGACUGAUCAUAUUCACUCUGAUAUAUUUAUAUUCAUCUAAUUUAUUUGACGAGUGUACAAACUAUACACCUAUUGAUAAAAUUAAGAUUUAAACAAUGAUUAUUAAGUUAUAAUAACAUUUCAUGUUCAAAAUUUCAUUUCUUGUUGUUUCAGUGUCAUUUUUAUCACUCACUUAUGUGUUUAUAAUUUUGUCUAGUGUUGUAUUUCAGUUGACAUAUUUACACAAAUCUAUUUAUUACUGAUUUAUGAGAUUACUUUUAAAUAAAUAUAUUUAA